UCGGCUUCACGAGUCCCUUCCUGCGCCCUUCCCCUCCUUCCUCUGGGCCUUGGUACGCCCCAGGGGACAGAUGUCUUGGGAUCUUUAACAUUUGGGAUGCUGCAAAUGCCGAAGUUAAAUGAAAUACCUCCGGGGAGGGGAGGCCGGGAGGAGGCGCGGGGGGAGGAGAGCUGGCCUGGACGAGCAGGUCCUGAGGCUGCGAGGCGCGCGCGGGGGGCGCGGGGGCAGGCGGGCGGCGCGGGAUCUCCAUGGGACAGCUGGGGAAACUCCAGGCCACCUACAAGUCCUGGCCCAGGCUGGGAAGGGUGUCAGCUCUCUCUGUUCUGCGCCCCCUCCUCCCAGAAGCCCACCAUGGAGAGUAAGGAUGAGGCCAGCGACACCGAUAGCGGCAUCAUCCUGCAGUCUGGCCCCGACAGCCCCGUGUCCCCUGCGAAGGAGCUGACCCACGCGGUACGCAAGCAGCAGAGGGCCCUGGAGGAGCGGCUGGAGGCCUGUCUGGAGGAGCUGAGGAGGCUCUGCCUGCGGGAGGCGGAGCUGACGGGCAUCCUGCCAGCAGAGUAUCCCCUUAAACCAGGGGAGAAGGCCCCCAAGGUCCGCCGCAGGAUCGGAGCGGCUUACAAGCUGGACGAGCGGGCCUUGCACAGAGAGGACCCGCUGAGCAGCCUGGAGCGGGAGCUGGCCCUGCAGCUGCAGAUCGCCGAGGCGGCCCGGCGCCUGUGCCAGGAGGGGAACCUGGGCCGGCAGGUGCGCCGGCAGCGGAAGCACGCGGUGCAGCAGGAGGAGAAGAAGCUGCGGGAGCUGCAGCGCUGCCUGGGGGAGCGGCGAGGCAGCAUGCCCCCUCCUGCCCCUGCCCCGGGCCCAGAGCUCAGCGCCUCGGAUGACAGCUCCCUGUCGGAUGGGCUGCUCCUGGAGGAAGAGGCCUCUGAAGCGCCAAAACCUCCCCCAGAGUCCCCAGAUCCACCCUCCCGGCCCCUCCCGCCCCAGAGCCUUGAAGGGUUGCAGCCAGCAGGACCUGAGACGGGGGAUCUGGAGCGGGCCCCCAUCCAGAACAGCCCCUGGAAAGAGACAAGCCUGGACCACCCCUACGAGAAGCCCAGGAAGUCUUCUGAGCCCAGCAGCGAGUCCAGCAGUCCGGCUGCCACCCCGCAGGAUGGGCCCAGUGCCUCCAGCCUGUGGCUGCUGGAUCCUGCCUCCUACUACGUGGUCCCCAUCCGCAGCGUGCCUGGGCAGCGGCAGGGCCGUACCAGCGCCCCAGCCACCCCUGAGAUGCAGGGCAGGAGGGGCCAGUCACAGUCUCUAAGGACCGACUCCUUCCGCGCGGGCCCUGAAGGCCGGGGUCGCAGCGCCCUCCCGCGGCGCCGCCCCACCUACUACACGGUGACGGCGCCUGAGCCCUGCUGCGCCCGCCCCACUCCCGCGCCGCACCCCGCCUGCCACUCCUGCUCGGAGGACAGCGGCUCCGACGCCUCCAGCCUGUCGCACCCCACGCCGCCGGGCAGCAGCAGCCCCGACAUCUCCUUCCUGCGGCCCCUCUCCCCGCCCGCGCCGUCCCGCCCGCGCGCGCCCCGCGGCCCCGCAGGCCCCCGGCCGCGGCCACCAGUCGCCUGCCUCCGGGCCGCGCGCUACGUGGUGCUGGCUGAGGGCCGCGUGCCACCGGGGCCGUGGAGCGAGUGGGGCCCGGGCCGCGGCGAGGAUGCGGCCGCCCUGCGCUGGCAGCGCCCACCGCCCGCCCACAGCCGCGUGGCCCGGACGCCCUCGCUGCGCGACAACCCCGCGGGCCGCGGGCUCAGCAAGGCAGCCGUGUCGGAGGAGCUCAAGUCGUGGCACGAGCGGGCCCGGCUCCGGAGCGCGCGCCCCCACUCGCUGGACCGCCAAGGGGCUUUCCGCGUGCGCAGCCUGCCGCCGGGCGCCGAGCGCUUCCAGCGCGCACAGGUGCCCGCCGUGUGUGUGCUCCGGAGAUCGCGAGGGGCCCCUGUGCAAGUUUUUGUACCUGAGAAUGGUGAGAUCAUCAGCCAGGUGUGACCCUGGCUGCAGAGGCCUUGGCUGCUGGCUGCCGGCCGAAGAGACUUACCCAGCGGGGCUGGGCCGAGAACCUGCCCUUGAAGCCCCCCCUCAGCUCCCCCCCAAGUGUCGCAGGUCGAUGACCUGGAGCUGAGACUGUUUUUUUUGUUUGUUUGUUUGGUUUGUUUUUUACACCAGAUAUCGUUCAGAAGCCUCGGCCUGAAGCUUUUUAUUUGUGGUUUGUCUUCAAGAGAGGCCGAUGCUUUAUUCUCCAGGACCGGCCUCCUGGACCCCAGGCCUGGCCUCUGGCUGGCACCUGUCUCCUUGUGCAAGAAGCUCGGCUGGGGAUGCAGGGGGCAGAGGGACAUGGGGGCAGUGGGUGCUGAGAACGCCCCUGGGGAGCAGCCUCUGCCCCCCUGCUACUGGGGGCUGCACUGCAGUCCCCCAUUUCCCAGGGGUGCCCGGCUGGGGGUAUGUCCACCCCUCUAUAAUAUGCUCCGAGGUACACAUGCCAAGGAUUAGAUUCAAGGUCAGCAUGUCCUGGCUUAGUCUUGUCUUCCGGGCCCUGCCCUUUCUCUGCCUCCACGGCUCCCCUGUAGGGGCCCUGGGCCCUCUGUGCGCCCUUGGGUUGGAGGCCUCUUCAGAUCGGAGCAUCCGGAGGCCCCAGCUGGGGACCCACCAUCUUCUCUGGGCAUCAUGAGGACUUGCAGGACCCGCUCCCUCCAACAUCUUUUUGUCAUGGUCCUAAAGCCAGUAUUUGGCUCAUGCCUUAGGAUGUGAACCUUUGUGGUGUGUUCUGGGGUGGGGGUGGGGUGGCGGUCAUUCUUCUGACCGGACUGUGCUUCUGCUCGGAGACCAAAUUUCGUUGAAAUGGGGCAAGUCCUUAUUUUUACAGACCCGGGGCUACCCGGCCCCCGGGGUGUUUCUGAAAGGUGCCAGCCCGGAGAUUUGAGGAGGCCUGGAAACUGGCUGUGCUAAGACCAUCCAUGGUCCCACGCUCUUGUUCUGGGGCCUUUGCUGCUGGGUCAGACCCCACGAUUGGGACUCUGCUUCCAGGAGAGAGCUGCUGAGCUGAGGCUGGGAGGGGCCAGGAGCGCCCAGCUCUGAUUCUGCUCGUGAAUCGUCCUCCAUCUGCAGAGCAGAGGUUGGAAUGCAGCUUGAGGCUCCAGGAACUUUGAAGCCCAACCCAGAGCAAGCACCGGUCCCCCGCCUGCCCAGGGUGGUCCGUCCGAGGGGCGGGGGGUCAGGGCAGAGAGCUGAAGGGAAGCCUGCGUCUCUGUGCUCCUCCCCUGUCCCUGCCACAGGCCCCCCCCCACCCCCACCCCGCAGGGCCACCUGCCCCAGGGUGUGGACUGUCUGAUGCCAGAUGCUGUUCUCUCGUGGUCUGUCUGAGCCUCCGUCCUCUGCACAGCCCUCUACCCACCCCAGGUCCUCCUGGAGCACAGGGCUCCUCGGGCUGGGCCAGGGGACAUGGAGCACCAUGCACCUGCGUGUCCCUCAUGUACCUUAUUGAUCCUGUGUGAUGCCUAAUGCACCUGCUGCAUGGCUGUGUGCUGGGCUGUGGGGCUAGAGCUGUGCUGUCUCUGUGCCAAAUUCUUCAAUAAAGUCUGUUCUUUGUGAGGCCAAG